AUGAUCGACGGCGGAAAUGUGUACCGCGUGUUCUGCGCCAUCGUGCCGCUGUACGUGGGCAUCGGAUCGGGCUUCCUGUCAGUGCGCGUCUUCAAGAUCCUCUCGCCCGACCAGUGCGCCGGAAUCAACCGUUACAUCGCCUUCAUCGCGCUCCCCUCGCUCGUCUUCCAGGUGCGCACUCCUCAUCGAGUUCCCUGUGUCUGCGCGUGCUCCCGUCGUUCAUCCAUACUCUCCUCUCGAGAGAUGGGACGACUUUGUGGCACCUGGAAGGCUCUCAUAGGACCCGUGGUGGCCUCUGCUCUGCUCCCUCGCCGAAGCCAAUCUCUUCCUUCUCCUGCAGCUCCAUGUGAUGUGCUUCCUGCUGUCAUCCGACUUCCCUCCCGCAUGCACCUUUCUCUGAUCUCAAAACCCCAUCCUGGCCCCACCCCUCAGACCAUAGCCAAGACGGACAUGUUCUUGAUGAACUUCCAGUUUCUAGGAGCCGACUCCACAGCGAAGCUCUUCGUGCUGGUGAUGGUGACCAUAGCCAAGACGGACAUGUUCUUGAUGAACUUCCAAAUCCUGGGCGCCAACUCCACAGCUAAGCUCUUCGUGCUGGUAGUGGUGGUGCUGCUCUUCCUGACGCUGAUAUUCCACCCCUGGCAUCGUUCUCAACCCCCCACCACCCCUUGGCCCCCCCACCAGACCAUAGCCAAGACGGACAUGUUCAAGAUGAAUUUCCAGUUCCUGGGCGCCGACUCCACAGCCAAGCUUUACCCUUGCUCGCCUGCUCCUGCGCCUGUUCCCGCGCCUGCUCCCACGCCUGUUCCCGCGCCUGCUCCCACGCCUGCUCCCACGCCUGUUCCCAUGCCUGUUCCCACGCCUGCUCCCACGCCUGCUCCCACGCCUGCUCCCACGCCUGCUCCCACGCCUGCUCCUGCGCCUGUUCCCGCGCCUGCUCCCGCGCCUGUUCCCGCGCCUGCUCCCACGCCUGUUCCCACGCCUGUUCCCAUGCCUGUUCCCACGCCUGCUCCCACGCCUGCUCCCACGCCUGCUCCCACGCCUGCUCCCACGCCUGCUCCCACGCCUGCUCCCACGCCUGCUCCCACGCCUGCUCCUGCGCCUGUUCCCGUGCCUGCUCCCGCGCCUGUUCCCGCGCCUGCUCCCACGCCUGUUCCCACGCCUGUUCCCAUGCCUGUUCCCACGCCUGCUCCCACGCCUGCUCCCACGCCUGCUCCCACGCCUGCUCCCCGCCUGCUCCCUACUCCUCCCCUCCAUCCAUCUGUGCAGCAGUGCAGAGUGCCGCUGCUCUCACACAUGUAUGGGGACGAGGCGGGGUACCUCAUGGCACAGAUCGUGGUGCUGCAGUGCUCAUGCUGGGAAGAAGACGCCUCGCCCUCAUCCCCCACACAUGCCCCAUGCCCCUCACAUGCCCCUCACAUGUCCCACAUCGUACCGCCUCCCCCCCUCACAGGAGUACCACUGCUGUCAGCCAUGUACGGGGAGGAGGCUGGGGACCUCAUGGCGCAGCGGGGAGUACCACUGCUGUCAGUCAUGUAUGGGGAGGAGGCUGGGGACCUCAUGGCGCAGAUAGUGGUGCUGCAGUCCGCCAUUUGGAUGCCGCUCACCAUCUUCCUCCUGUCCUGCCAGCAAGCCACCUCCCUGAGCACUCGUCGCGUUCACGACGCCGCCGCCCCCAACCACGCUCAUUAUACCAACAACCCUGGUGCUGGCACUGGCAGCACUGAUAACCAGGGCAGUAGCACUGCGAGCCGCGCAGCAAGCACUGUUGCGGGAGCAGACGUUGUGGGUGCCGUUGCCACUGUUGCUGAUGUCUCCCACGGCCAGGGACAGCAGCAGCAGCAGCAGCAGCAGCAGCAGCAGCAGCGGCGCAUGACUCGCCUGGAGAGCAUGCUUGUGCGCAGCUCCUCGUUCAAUGGCAGCUGGUUCAACAGCCGCGGCUUUAAUACAGUCACCCACGCAAGCUCCGUUAGUGACAGAUCCGUUAGUGACAGAUCCGUUAGUGAGAGUUCCGUUAGUGGUAGAAGCACGGUUGUGAGUUUCAGUGAGACGAGGUACAUACAUGAUGUGGAUGCUACCAGAUCAGAGAAGUCAGUUGGAACGCCGACAGAGUCAAGAGCAACUAGUGAUGAGCUGGCAGUUAGUGAGAGCAAGGAUGGGGAGGAGCAGCAGAGGCAGCACGGGAGUGAGGUUGCUGGGGAGGGCCGGGAGAGUGAGGGGAGUGAGGAAGGGCCGUGCGUGUGCAUUGAGGUAGUGAAUUAUCAGACAACUGGUGGUGCCCAGGUGAGUGCAGCUGAUGCUGCAGGAGCUAUAGCUGCAGGGCCGCCGGCUUUUGAGACGUCUCAGAAGUCUGCUGCAGGAGCUAUAGCUGCAGGAGCUAUAGCUGCAGGAGCUAUAGAUGCAGGGCUGCCAGCUACGGGAGCUGUACCUGUAGCUACAGGGCCACCAGCUGGUGGCGAUACAGUGGGAGGAGUGGGAAGGGCGAGCAGCUUCGGCCGGGCCAGCAGCUUCGGCCGGACCAGCAGCCUCGAUCAGUGUCCGUCUAUACCUGAAAGCACCCCGUUUGAGGAGCCCUGGGAUAGAGGGGUCGAUGCAGAAGGUAGCUCCAGCCUCAGGAAUGGAGGUGCCAGUUACACGGUUACAAGUUCAGCAGCGAAGGAGGAGCAGCAGCAGCAGAAGAAGAAGGAGGAGGAGGAAGAGAUGCAAGGGCAAGUACCAGAGAUGUCAUCGGUAGGGGCAGACGCCCCACUGGCUUGCUGUAAAGAGGUGGGGCCUGAGAAGCAGGGUGAAGGAGGGAGCGGGAUUGCUUGGUGGAGGAAGGGGAGGAGGAAAGGGAAGGGGAAGGGGAGGAGGAGCAGGGUGGUGGCGGUGCUGUGGGUGGUGUGGACGAAGCUGGUGCGGAACCCCAACAACUACGCGGCCCUCAUAGGGGUUAUCUACUCGCUUGUGUCCAACGCCUGUGGCUUUGGCUACCCGGAGAUGCUACGCACGUCAGUCAAGAUCAUUGCAGACACGGGCCUUGGCAUGUCCAUGUUCAGCCUGGGUCUCUUCAUGGCGAGCCAAAAGACCCUGCUCUCCUGCGGAGUGUGGCACACCGUGUGGUCGCUCGCGCUGCGCUUCACCCUCACACCGCUCACCACCGCACUCUUCGCCUUCCUCUUUGGCAUCCGUGGAAAGCUCUUCCGAAUCAUUGCCAUGCAGUCUGCAUUGCCCCCAGGGGUGGUGACCUUUGUUCUGGCCAACGAGUACAAAUCCCACACCGCCAUUCAUAGCACCGGCCAUCUUCUAGACGCUUUUCACUGGCACGGUUCUUUCUCGUCCGUCCCAUCACUUCGUUCCGCCAAGCAUUCUUGCAUAUGCAACCUCGAAUCCGCCAUGACCAUCUCACCAGCUGACGCGGAAGCGCCGCCGCGACCCGCGGCGGGCUGCUCCUUCAUGUGCUGCCAGCGCCACGCCUUCGUUUUCUCGACCUCCAUCGGCAGCACCAACUUCAGCGUUUGCGUCGCUUGCGCCGCCUCGCGAUGGCUCAGACACACCGUUUUCGCGCUCCCAUCCUUCCUCCUCGUGCUGACCGCUUUCUGGGCGAUUAACGAGCUCCUGCUCCCCGUGCAAUGGCGCUUCGACCUUACCGCGCCUCGCGCGAUGGCGCUAUUCUUCUCCGCCGCGGGAUGGUUCCGUCAACGGCUCGUAGGCCCGCGCACGGCGGAAGCUGGUGUGCGCGGAGGUUCCGUCUCCGCAAGCGCUGAAGCGUGCGCGGACAGGGCAGCGCGGGCUCGGCGCAAGAUGAUGGGGAUGCGGAAGCUUACGCGGGCGGAGCGGGAAGCGACGGAGGCGGAGGAGCGGAAACAGCGCGAGGAGAUCGCGCAAAUGGUGGAAGCGCAGCGGAAGGCGCGGGAGCAGGCGGAAGGGGCGAGUAAUACGAAUAACUGGGAGGUUAUCGGGAAAAAGCCCGCGAAUGUUGGAAAAGCGGUCGAGGUACCAACAAUAACGAGACGGGCUGUAACGAAUAGAGAUAACUGCCCGUACAAAGGAAGCCGGUCCCACAGCGUAGUGAGCGCAAAAUCGCUUACCGGGCAGACGAAAAGUUUAGGGCAGCCCAUUAGCAGCGCGCGCAAAACGGAUUCGAGCAGCGCGCGCACGGCGGAUUCGAACAGCGCGCGCAUGACGGAAAGAGCGCCCGUGGGAUCUGCGCAAGCGGGCGUGUUGGGGAAGGGGCAGGUGCGGAGUGGGUUGCCCGCGAGUUUUAAUAAUAAGGGUUUUGAGGCGCCUGAAAAGUCGGCCGCGGCUUUAGAGAAUAAAGGCGGCAGCAGCGUGUGGAAUAAGGGGAGCACUAGCGGAUCCACUACCGGCGGCGACAGCAGCAGCAGCGUCGGCGGCGGCGGCGGUGGCGGCGCGCGGAAUAAGGGAACCAUUUUGUGCCCAGCGCCCCCGCCGCGCUCUUCUAACGAGUACACUACUUCCCCGAUACAAGCCUCUCCGCCCACUCGAGAUAAUCGCACGUUCUCCCAGGUGGCAAAGAGCAGCAGCAGGAGAAGCAGCGGGGAGCAAGACAAGCAGGGUAGUGUGAAGACGGGAGGGAAAGAAGUUGGACCUUCCAUUGUCAGGUUAGCCGUCUGUGCUACAGCCGUCUGUGCUACAGCCGUCUCUGAACCCUCCACAGGGGCGGGUGAGUCUGAGGUGACAGGGACGGCAUGCCUGUGGUCGUACCCUGCCAUUGCUCCCUUGCUUCAUCCCGCUCCUGCUGCUGCUGCUGUCGCUGCAACGGCAGUGUCGCCAGCACCAUCAGCCUGCGACUCCUUGCCGUUCGUCUCCUCCUCUUCCUUCCCAUCCUCCUCCUUCACCACUCCUAUCAAGCAGCAACCGCAGCAGCAGCAGCAGCAGCAGCAGCAGGGGAGGAACGAGGGAGUAGCGUGUGGGAGGGAGUGGGAGAUGUGGGGUUCCACACAGCGGCUCACAGACGCUUUCGGCUUCACACCUCCUACCUUCUCUGCAUCCUCUUCCGCUGCUCUUCCCUCCUCCCCCCCUCUUCCUGCCUCCGCUCUUUCCUCAACCCCUGUUCCCGCCUCCACCAUUGCUUCUCUCACCACCACCACAACCACCCCCAACUCCUACCUCACCAAUCCCUUCGCCCUCCCCUUCUCCUCGCCCUUCUCACUGGGGUUUUCACCCACUCUCGUGCCCGCCACACCCGUCGACCCAGCACCACUGACAAAUAGCCCACUCAGUCUUAGCACCCCUGCUGCUGCUCUGCCCGGUACUGCUGUCGGCUCGGUAGAGAGGAGCAGCUUCACCGGAUCAAAGAACACUUUUCAUGCAGACAGGCAUGCUUUCCCUGGGUCCUGGAGUGCAGGGGGGGUGGCUUCUGAGUCGAGUCAGCAGUCACCUCGUUUUCCUGGGUCGUGGAGUGCUGGGGGGCAAGAUUUGACUGGGUUCGGCGAUGCGCUAAAGAGUAACGCGUUUAGAGCAGCGAUUCGCGGCGGUGGCAGUGGAGUGGGCGGCGGGGCGGGCGGCGGAGGGAUGCGGGCGGCGUGGAUGACGGAGAUGUGGGACGAGGACGUGCCGCCCGCUUUUGUGGAUUGCAUCACGCAGGAGAUCAUGCGCGACCCGGUGAUCACAGCCGACGGGCACUCUUACGAACGUGCUGCGAUUGAAAAGUGGCUCAUGGAGGAGGGAGGGAGGGGGGGGCAGCACGCACAGCAGGAGAUCAUGCGCGAUCCAGUGAUCACAGCCGACGGGCACUCUUACGAACGUGCUGCCAUCGAGAAAUGGCUCAU